UGCAUGAGUUGAAAUAUUUCGGCCAAAUGAGGUCUAAAUUGGGAAAUGUCUCUGGAAAAAGUGUAUUUUAAUGCGCGAUUUGAUGACGUAAUUGCGAUGGUCAAACUCGACAUGGCGAGCGUUCACGGGCCUAUUUGAAAUGAUUACCUAGCUAACGUUAACGGGAUUCUGUAUCAUAAAGCGUUGGUAUGAUUAGAUACACAUUAUGAUUAAAUGUUGAUCGUUAGUUUGAUUUUGCGGCCUGAAUUAUAGCCAGAGUAGAGCUAGAGGCCUUCCGCUGUAACUAAGCUAUUUAGCUAGCGACCUACAUUAGCAGUGUUCGAGAGUAUCAAAACCGUGAUGUAUCAUGGGUAAAUUGACUGACGGACUAACCUACAAGUAAUAUUGAGUAGUUAUUUAUGAACCGAGGUGAUUUGUAGAUCUGCCUCGCCUUUAACCACUUAGCUACCUAACCACGUCCCAAGGAUUCCCGAUACUUCAUGAUGGUCCGUGCUAUCAUAAAAAAAACGCGUCAAUCUCAUGUAUUAUCCAAGAGAAUAGUACCAAUGCAAAGGAAAGAGGUCAAAUUCAGCCAAUCAAGCGUUUGACAGCAACGAUAAUCGCAUUAAGUUGGCCAAUGGCAAUGGAAGACAGUGGGCGCGAUCGACAUUGCAGUAUACUUUAAGGUGAGGGGCUGAGCCAUGGCAGACGAGGGCGAGUUGGAUUGUGGCAGUGAGUUCCCAGCCCUCUAUAAAGUCAUGCUGGAUAAACUGAAUGAACAGAGACAGUUGGACCAGUUCACAGACAUCACUCUCAUUGUGGAUGGGCACCAGUUCAGGGCUCAUAAGGCAGUGUUGGCAGCAUGCAGUCAGUUCUUCCACAAGUUCUUCCAGGACUUCACACAGGAGCCACUAGUGGAGAUUGAAGGAGUGAGUAACUCAGCCUUCCGCCAUCUGAUGGAGUUUACGUACACGGCUACACUUGCCGUCAAUGGGCCAGAGGAGAUCAAUGACGUGUGGAAGGCAGCAGAGUACCUCCAGAUGCAGGAGGCCAUCAAGGCCCUCAACAACAGCACUCCCUUCAGUCUGUCCCAGGCCCUGGCGGCGGGGAAGAGCAAGACCAAAAAUAGGAAGCCAGCUGAGACUUUUAGCGUGAUCACGGAGACUCUUCCGUCAGUGGUGGGGGAGCAGGUGGAGAUUGAGGUGGAGAUCGGGGAGGGGGCCAUCGAGGUGGAGGAGACUGGUAUGGAGGAGGUGGUGGAUGCUGCUCGGAACGCCCAGGCUGCCUCGGACGACUCGGCCCUGGCACUGCUCGCUGACAUCACCAGCAAGUACCAGCAGAGGGGGUCAAUGCUGCACGUGCUGAAGAAGGAAGGACUGGAGGAGGAGGUGGUGUCUCAGGAGGAGACAGUGACAGCUCCCAAGACUCUUGAUGGCCUGGAGGUGGUCGAGGUCCAGAUCUCUCAGCUGGACAAGAUGUUCCGCUGCAACAAAUGUGACCGCAGCUUCCGCCUCUACUACCACCUCAAACAGCACAUGCGUGCGCAUGUGGCCGCCCUGGACAAGCCGCAUGUGUGUUGCCACUGCGGUAAGGCGUACAUGCGGGAGGCGGCGCUGAAACAGCACCUGAACACGUUACAUUACGAGGCAGAGGAGCUGUCGCGCAGCCAGUCCCAGAAGAAGAAGAUACACGUGUGUGAUUACUGUGACAAGCAGUUUGACCACUUUGGACACUUCAAGGAGCACUUACGUAAACACACCGGUGAGAAGCCGUUUGAGUGUCCAGACUGCCAUGAGCGCUUUGCCAGGAACAGCACAUUGAAAUGUCACAUGGCUGCCUGUCAAAACGGCGCCGGGGCCAAGAAGGGACGCAAAAAAGUCUACGAAUGUCAGGUGUGCAGCAGUGUGUUCAACAGCUGGGAGCUUUUUAAAGACCACCUGACGACCCACACAGGAGAGAAGCCCAACCACUGCACCGUGUGUGACAUCUGGUUCACCCAGCCCCACGACCUGCGCCGACACCUCCGCGAACUGCACAGUGUCACAGACGACACGCUGAUGACCCAGGAACUGGACAUCGGUGCCAUGGCAACGCAAGAGGAAGUGGCCGGGGAGGAGGACGAGGAGGGAGGCGAGAGAGAGACCCUCUUACUGGAGGACGGGAUGAGGGUGGAGCAUGUUACCGUGGAGCCCGUAGACGUGGUAGUCAUGGAGGAAACGGACAUGGUGGUGGAAGAGGUGACGGAGAUGUGUGAGGAGGACGUGCAGAGACUGAAGGAGGCAGGAGUGGAGAUCCGGGUGGUGCAGGUGUCAGCGGCGGGACAGGUGAACUCUGAGAUCCAGGUGGAGGAGGAAUCACAACAGACUGUGGAUGUAUGAAGGAGGAGCGGAACUCCAUCUAAAAUCGUACCCUGUUCCCCGUAAAUACAGUACCUUGGCUUUGACCAGAAGUAGUGCACUGUAUGAGGAAAAGGUUUUAUUUGAGAUGUGCCUGUUGGUUAUGGUCAAACUGGAAAAGCUCCACCUCCUCACCCUGUAUGACUAAUAGGGUAACGGACAGAGACAAGUAUUUGAAGUUGCUCACAUUUUUUGAUUAUAUUUAUUUAGAACCUGCUGUCAGCAUGGCUCUGUCUUCUCUCUGUGUGUCUGUGGCAGAGAUAUACCUGCUGAAUGCACUUACACUGACCCUGUUCAAGGUUUUGUCACAGACCAAUCAAAAGCUUUCUUUCUUUUUUGCUUUCUUUCUUUUUUGUACAUUUUUUUUACAUUUUAGCAUGUACAUUUGAAAUGAUCAAAAUUAAUUUGCCAAGACAAUAUGCAAUCCAUGAAGAUCCCUACUCCGUUAAAUGUUUUCACUAGCAGACGCCAGUUAUUGAUUGGAAUGCACAGUCUGUUUCACUGUCAUACAGCUGCAGACAUUAAUGAUGUGCCUCACUGCUGUUGCCCAGUUGGAAUCCAUCUGAAGCACAGAUCUGUUGAAAGAUCAUUCCGCACUUGACUAAAGAGCAUGUUUUUGAUGGUGCCCAUGCCCUAACUGAUGAAAAAAUAAUAAUAAUGCUUUAAUAUUUUAAUAAAAAGAUAAUGGCUGUUAGUGUACGUAUGUUUUCUGGUUUCUGCCCACUAAUUCCCCUGCUCGUCAACCUCUUUCCUGUUCUGACUGCAGCGCAGCCCUGUUCCCACAAGACAUUGGGGUUUAUGUACGACACUGUUAUGAGUUAUGUUAUUAAGAAACAGAAGUGAGAAAGUAUUAAAAGCUAACACGUUUUUUAUUUUACAAAUGUU